CUAUUAAAGCAGCUGUAGUUGAAGUUAUCAAAAAACAAAAAAAACCGUUGGGGGAGGAGGAGAUUACAAAGACUACUAUCUCCCCACGUCUUAAGAAAAUUCAUAAUGUGAUUUUUAAGUUUAAAUAGUUUUAAUUCUAAUUACUCAUUUUCCUUUCGAUUUUUAUUUUUGGUAAUUAAACUAAAUUAAAGUUAGUAACGUUCUGAUUUAUUUAUUUAUUUUUAAUUUCGAUUUGUUGAGUAUAAAAAACUUUGGUGAAUUUUGAUAUCACUUCCGGCCAGAUCGAGAUCAUAAGCUUAGGGAUAAGCGAUCAUCAACUUCAUAAUUUAUUUGCAUAUUAGAAGUUGAAAAAGUAAAGUUAGUUGUGAAAAAUGGGGGUUAUGUCAAGGAAAGUGUUGCCUGUAUGUAGUAACCUAUGUAUAUUUUGUCCGGCGAUGAGGGCGAGGUCGAGACAGCCGGUUAAACGGUAUAAGAAGCUUCUUGCGGAAAUAUUUCCUCGCUCUCAGAAUGCUGAGCCAAAUGAUCGGAAGAUUGGGAAGCUUUGUGAAUAUGCUUGUAAAAAUCCUUUACGUAUACCAAAGAUCACUGAUUACUUAGAACAGAAGUUUUACAAGGAGUUGCGCAAUAAAAAUAUGGUCUCUGUAAAAAAUGUAUCGCUUGUUUACGGGAAAUUACCAUCCUCAUGUAAGGAUCAGAUGCCACUUUUUGCUAGCAGUUUGCUGGGAGUUGUUCGAACGCUACUAGAUCAAACCCAAAAUGAUGAAAUCCAAAUCCUUGGUUGUCAAAUUCUUGUCAGCUUUAUAAACAAUCAGGUGGAUGGUACAUACAUGUUCAACUUAGAAGGUCUCAUCCCCAAACUUUGUGAACUGGCUCAAGAAGUUGGAGAAGGUGAAAGAGCACUACGGUUGAGGUCAGCAGGACUUCAAGUUUUGGCCUUCUUGGUGCUAUUCAUGGGGGAGCAAUCUCAUAUUUCUAUGGACUUUGACAAUAUCGUAUCAGUAACCUUGGAGAAUUUUAUGGACACAAAAAACAAUCAAGAAAAUGCUAAGUACGAUAAACAACUUUCUCAAGCACAAGAAGACACUGACCGUGGGCCAUCAUUCUUGGAUAACAAGAUGAUCUCAAAUGUUGUUAACUUCAAAAAAGAUGUCCUCACAGGGGAUGCCCAAAAGAGCCCAUCUUACUGGUCCAGUGUUUGCUUGCAUAAUAUGGCCAACUUGGCAAAGGAGGGAACAACUGUCCGACGUAUACUCGAACCUUUUUUCCACUGUUUUGACACUGAAAAGCACUGGUUUCCUGAGAAUGGGUUGGCUUUUUCUAUUUUAAAGUAUCUGCAGAUGGUGUUGGAGGAAUCAGAUGACAAAUUCCAUCUACUCUUGUCUAUCUUGGUCAAGCACCUGGAUCACAAGGAUAUUAUCAAACAACCAGUUAUGCAAAUGCACAUUGUGAAUGUUGCUACCCAACUGUCACAACACAUAAAGCAGAAUGAUUCGGUUGCCAUUGUUGGUGCAAUAACUGAUCUCGUUAAACAUCUACGAAAAUGUUUACAGAAUUUGUCUGAACCAUCAAGUCCUAGAGGGGGAUCUGAUGGCUGUUAUUUGGAUCUUCAGUGUGCUUUGGAAAAUUGUAUCUCAAAACUUUCACUCAAGGUUGGAGAUGCUGGACCAAUUCUUGAUAUGAUGGCUAUAGUGCUCGAGAAUAUUCCAACGAGUGCAGAUUCAGCUAGAACAACUUUGUCUGCUCUUUAUCGGACUUCCCAAGUUAUCAGUUCCAUUCCAAACAUAGCCUACUACAAAAAGGCGUUUCCCGAUGCUCUCUUUCACCACUUGCUUUUAGCGAUGUCACACCCAGAUAAUGAAACACGAGUUCUUUCACAUCGUCUGUUCUUCGCCGUGCUUAUGCCAUCUGGCAUUCUCCCAUUGCUAUCAUGGAAAGUAACAAACGAAAAGUUCCCCAUAGAUGAAGGGACAUUGGAGAAAGACAAUCUUGCCACAGAAUCUUUAUCUCAUGGUGGCAUCAACAAUUCUAUGCUUGAUGGAAAAACGAUCUCGAGUUCCUUGAGACUGAGCCGCCAUCAAGUGAGCCUUGUGCUUUCAUCAAUCUGGAUUCAGGCAACAUUGAUUGGAAAUACCCCCGAAAAUUUUGAGGCAAUGGCACAGACAUUUAGUCUUGCUGUAUUGUUUACUUUGUCAAAGAACUUAAAUCAUGUGGCAUUAAUCCGGUGCUUCCAGUUGGCAUUUUCCCUUAGAAGCAUCUCAUUAGAUCAACAAGCUGGUCUACAGCCAUCCCAGAGAAGGUCUCUCUUCACGUUAGCAUCUUACAUGGUUAUCAUGUCUGCCAAGGUAGCGGAUCUUUUGGAGCUGAUUCCCAUUGUUAGAGCAACGUUGACGGAAGAAACGAUGGAUCCUAAUCUAGCAUUGGACGAAGAUAUGGGGCUAAAAGUAACUUGUAUAAAACCCGGUGUAGAUAACUUGUAUGGAUCGCAAAAGGAUGAAGCUGCUGCAAUGAAAGCACUCUCUGCAUUUGAGUUAAAGGAUCUACCAUUAAAAGAGACACUUUUGACCCACUUGGUAUCAAAGCUUGAUAAAUUAUCCGAGGAAGAACAGUUGAAUAUGAAGGCACAACUUUCACAGGGGUUUUCGCCUGAUGAUGAAUAUCCGUUGGGUGGACCAUUAUUUAUGGAGACACCACUGCCAUGUUCUCCGGUUGCGCAAACAGAGUUUCAGGCUUUUGAUGAGGUAAUGCCUCAUACUGAUGAAAUAGAUGACGAUAUGUUUCCAGACCAAUACGGAAACCAAUCGGACCGCAAAGAUUCUCUUUCCAUUAAUUCACUUGACAUUCUGAGUGUGAACCAGCUACUGGAAUCGGUACUGGAAACAGCCCGUCAUGUUGCAAGUUUACCAGUUUCCUCGACUCCUGUUUCAUAUGAUCAAGUCAAAGAUCAGUGUGAGGCUCUAGUCACUGGUAAACAGCAGAAGAUGUCUGUACUCCACAGUUUUAAGAAGCAACAAGAAGGCAUGACAAUAAUUAUAUCAGGCGAAAAUGAAAAGAAAAGUCCAAUUACAUCAGAUGCUAAAACAGAGAUCACAGAAGAUGUUAAACUGUUGAAAAAUGGUGACCAGCCUCUUAUGAAUGAUCAACUUGUUUCUUAUACAAAGGGGUGGAGUCAACAACAAUCUUUCAGGCUUCCACCUUCGAGUCCAUAUGACAAGUUCUUGAAAGCUGCUGGGUGUUAAUAAGUUGUGCAAGUCCAAAUUAUAUUAUAUCAUAUUCUUUAUCAUAUAUAUAGUUCUUACUGUAUAAAGGUUGGAUUUUCCGGAUUUGAAAAAGAAGCCAUCUAAGUGGUAGCAUGUUGUUGAAGAAAAUGUUGGUGUUUAGAAAAAGAAGCCAUUCGAUUUGUUAAUUUUUUGUCUUAAUGUGUGCUCCAUUACUGUCAUUAUGUGUUGUAUUUGACAUGGAACAUAUGACUAAAUACUUAUAUCAAUAUUCAAGCGGAGAUGAUGAAAUUUUUUCUGCCAAA